GUGGAAGGAGAAGAAGACGAAGACGGAACUGAGUUGAAAUUCCGAUCGGUGACACAGUCGCUGGAAUCAAGCUGCAAGGAAAGUAACUUCUUCACGUUCGUAGAACUCUGUUUUCGUUCCAAUGUGUCAGGUGGAUGAAGCCUAUCAUGAUGACUUGGAGCAGGAGACGAUUUCAAUUGUGUCGAAGAAAUGUGUCAAGUGCAAGGAGACGAUUGCUGUGGUGGCCAUCAGGGCAGGGGACCAAUACUGCAGGGACUGUUUCGAACAGUACUUCCUUCACAAAUUCAGGGCCACACUGGGCAAAAACAGAGUGAUUUUCCCUGGAGAAAAGGUACUGCUUGCUGUAUCAGGGGGCCCUUCUUCUUCUUCAAUGCUCAGACAAGUCCAAGAGGGUUUGAGUCAGAAUGCUCACAAGAAGUUGAGAUUCGUUCCAGGCAUUGUCUACAUUGAUGAGGGUGGUGCUUUGAAUCGAUCUAUGGAGGAGAGACGGCAAACAGUGGCAAAGCUGAAAGAUAUAUUUAUAGCCACAGGAUUCCCCUUCCACAUCGUGCCUCUGGAAGAGGUUCUUGAUGUCCCCGGUUCAGUUUUAGCGACGGCUCCUUCUUCCUCGCAGACACAAGCAAGUUCUGACAAAGCAUCUGUGGAUCGCUUUGUUUGCAAUAAUAGCUGUACCUGUUUGACACCAGCGCAGCAGCAGCAUGAAACUUCAUCACCGUAUGUUGAGGAGUCCCAAACUCAGUUGCUGCAGCAGCUUCUUGACUCAUCUAAGACGGUGACGGCCAAAGCGGAGUUAGUGAGCAUGUAUAGACAGCAUCUUUUAGUGCACACAGCUCGCUGUGAAGGCUACAGUAAAUUGAUGUUUGGAGACAACUGCACCAGACUGGCGGUUAAACUUCUCAUUAGUAUAUCAUUGGGCAGAGGAGCACAGCUUGCUCAAGAUACAAGUUUCUCGGACUCUCGCUAUGGUGACAUUAUAUCAUUGAGGCCAAUGAGGAACUACUCUGCAAAAGAAAUAGCCUACUAUAACCAUAUCUUCAAUGUCCCUUCUGUUUUCACACCAAACCUUCACACUAAGAGUAAAGAAAAGGCCAGCAUUCAGUGUCUGACGGAGAGCUUUGUCACUAAACUGCAAGUUGAUUUCCCAUCUACUGUCAGCACUAUAUAUAGAACAAGUGAAAAGCUGCAAACAACUUGUAAGAGUUCAUCAUCUGCAAACCCAUGCGACAGAUGUUUGCUCUGUAUGUGUUCUCUGGAUACCGCAGUGGAAAAUGCUUCAGCUUUCCAGUCCACUCUCAUCUCUGAACGCCUCUGCCAGACCAAAUGUGUCGGUGAUAACAGUGCUUCAUUUCCCAGACGAAAUACAGAAUUGAGAGGUCCCAGUACACAAUGUUGCUCGAAAGGCAAAGGAGAAUAUUGUGAUAGACCUAUGGAAGACAGAGGCUGCUUUUCUGGUGUCAGGGUCCCACACACAACUGAUAUCAGAGGCCUGCUGUGUUACAGUUGCCAGUUGACCAUCAAAGACAUGUCUUCGGUCGAUUGUCUGCCUCAAUACAUUUUGUCAGAGGCUCAGAUAAGGCAAAGGAGGUCUCGCAUGAGAGAGGAGAUCAGUGAUUUUCUGCUGGAUUAGUUAAGGGCGUUAAAGAUUUUGACCGAACGCAAGUGUAGCUAAAUGAUUAUCUUGAGCAGGGACAAUGUUUUGUAUCUUAAAGAGCAAUGUUUGUUUGCUACUCUGUUGCAUGUAAAAUGUAUCAUGUUCAGCCCACUAUGCCGAGUAACACUCACAUAAACAUUGCACUCAUUUUGUAAAACUCCCAGUACACUUGGUGGUUAGAAGGGGUGCAAAAGCAAGGAUAUAAUAAAAAAGAACUUGCAUAUGUGGUAAUAUAUGAGUGAGAGUGCGAGUCACAAUGAUGUGAAAAAGUGUUUGCCCCCGUCCUGAUUUUUUAAAAAAAAUGUUGGUGCAUGUUUUUCACUUGCAUGUUUCAGAUCAUCAAACUAAUUUAAAUAUUCGUCAAAGAUAACACAAGUCAACACAAAAUGCUGUUUUUAGAUUCAAGUUUUUAUUUUUAAAGGAAAAACAAAAUCCAAACCUACAUGGCCCUGUGUGAAAAAGUGUUUGCCCGCUAGACCUCAUAACUGGUUGGGCCACCCUUAGCAGCUACAACUGCAAUCAAGUGUUUGAGAUAACUUGUGAUGAGUCUUUCACACCGCUGUGUAAAUAUAUAUGUGUGUAUUUAAACACGUUUGGGUCGAGGUUUUGUUUCUUGUCCCAAUAUUUCUGUGGCGGUUGAUCAUGCCCAGGUACUUUUUCACCUCAAAAAUGAAGUCCCAUUGCCCAUUUUGAACAUUAAAAAGUGUUGAUUCAAUUAAAACA